UUCUUUGAUUUAUUCAGUGGAAGUCCACAACCUUCCGACUUCCAAGUCCUCCACCGUUCGCCGUGGAGUAGGUCCUCGCGGUUCACCUGUCAGGUAGGCCGCCGCCGCCGCCAUCUCCGCCGUGUAUCUCGCCGGAAAAGAACUGUGCAGGGAGGCGUAAGGAGACUUUCAGAUAAUUAGGGCCCCUUUAAAUAAAAGGAGCUCGGUACUACUCAGCCAUGGCGAGAUCCACAAGCAAGGACGCUCAAGCUCUUUUCCAAUCACUCCGCUCAGCUUAUGCGGCCACUCCAUUAAGUCUCAAGAUCAUUGAUCUCUAUGUGAUUUAUGCUGUGUUCACCGCCCUGAUUCAGGUAGCAUACAUGGCAAUUGUUGGAUCGUUCCCUUUCAACUCCUUCCUCUCAGGAGUUCUUUCUUGUAUUGGAACAGCUGUCCUUGCUGUUUGUCUCCGGAUUCAAGUUAAUAAAGAAAACAAGGAAUUCAAGGAUUUGGCCCCCGAACGAGCAUUUGCAGAUUUCGUCCUGUGCAACCUGGUUCUCCAUUUGGUGAUUAUGAACUUCCUCGGAUAAGACACCGCAUUUUGGGUUCUACUUCUUUUCUUGUUUCCUUUUGAGAAUUUAUCUAAACCCAGAAAGUAGCUUAUGCUAGAAAUUUUCUACCAAACUUUGCAUAUUAGAAACAGAAAAAGAGAGAGAUUCCUGCAAAUUAGCUAACGUCAUUCUGAGUUAUUUUCUACAAUGAUGUUUUUCCAGACAAUCAAAUACGUCAACAGUUUUCUGGCCAUUAUAUUGCAAAGGUGAGAACUAUGUUUAUACUUUAUGAAGAUAACAAAAGAAAAGAACACUUUUAACUCUUGCAAGUGUUAGAAGGUUAAUUUUCGAAUUAA